GUGCAAAAGCCUAGAAAUAUCUAGGAAACAUAAUAAAUUAAUUUAUCCGAGCAACAAAUAGACGAAAACGAUGCCGGAAACAGUUAAAUGAUUGCGAUAACGAUUGAUAAAAUCAUGAAAGAAUAGACAAUAGAACACAGGUAGGCAUAACAAAAAUCUAAAACCUAUAUUCAAAAGCCUACAGAACGGUGUUAGCUCAACAUUUUCCACUUGUUUUAGAAAACCGGUUUGCUGUGGUGUAAAUUUUCCAAAAUUCCACGACGUCUAGCAUGAAAACCUGCUUUAUGUACGGGAUUCCCCUAGCUAAGACACUGCGUCUUGAUCGAAAAAAAGAGGAGGGUCACCGAGCUUCGAGCCCAAUAUGCUGAUUUAACUGAUACACAUUCAGUUCUGUUUUGUUCAUCACUCCGAAAGGAGUCAAACGGCGUGCGUUCCAAAAUGAUCAAUUUCAAAACAGUAUUAACGAUAGCUACUAUAGGGCUAUAUAAAGAUUUUUUAGAUUACCCUCCCGUGAAUUAUUCGGCUGGAUACAAUGUUGAAGGUGAGUAUUAUUCACGUAGUUAGGAAUACAUUCUGUCUUAAAACAUAGUACCUACUUGUGAUUCAAUCUUACAGAGUGCGAAAGACGUUUAGCAUUGGAUCUAACCAAACCUAAGAUACUCGAGCCACUCAUUGGAACGAGAGCCCUUCAAGGAGAGUUUCAACAUAUGGCCGCUAUUGGAUGGACCAGAUCCGAAGGGAGAAUUGAUUACAGAUGCGGCGGAAGUUUGAUAACAUGGAGAUUUAUCUUGACCGCGGCUCAUUGUGCUGUGCAAACCAUUGAUGCAAAGCACAUACAACCAGAUACCACCCGUUUGGGAGACACGGAUCUUGGCAGCAACGAAGACGAUGAAUUUGCGCAACAGGUUGGAAUUGAUCGUAUCAUCAAACACCCUCAGUAUAAGGAAUCAAAAAAUUAUUAUGAUAUUGCGCUUAUCAAACUGCUGGAACAAGUUCAGGUAAACAAAGCUAUUAGCGUGGCGUGUGUUUGGCGGGAACCUGAUGCACCUAGUGAUAUGCUGGAAGCAGUGGGUUUUGGUUCACCGGGAUAUUUGGAAAAGCUAAGUCCCACCUUGCAAAAGGUACAACUUCGAGCACUGGAUACGUCAACAUGUGCUGAACGUUUACCGAUGGAUCGUCGUCGAAUGCCCGAAGGAUUGCGUCCGGAUCAGUUGUGUGCCUACAGUGAGACUAUGGACACUUGUGACGGCGAUUCAGGAGGUCCGCUUCAAACGGAGUUGCACGACGUGUUUGGCAAUGUAUAUCCGCUUGUGGUAGGUGUUGUAUCAUUCGGAACUCCCUGUGUAGAAGGCUCGAUGGGAGUCUACACAAGAGUCAGCUCGUACUUGGAUUGGAUCGAGAAAGAAGUGAAUCAGUCCCUUAGUUAUGACGUUUGUACCGGAUUUGACUAUGAAAAUCGCAAGCAGAACCCCGCAAUAUCCGCUACAAUUAACUCAAAUGGACCAUUCUAUCGCCUUGGACUGUUGUGGGAAGAAGAAGAAGCAGACAUCUACCAGUGUGGAGGACUUUUGAUCCACUAUCAGUAUGUUCUCACAUCAGCAGAUUGUGUCACGUCCAGUAAGGGUCCUCCAAAGUUCGUUGCAUCGCACCCAGAUAGGGAUCGUGCCCCGGUUGAGGAUGUGUUUGUUCAUCCUCAAUUUUUGAAAGGAAAACCUUACUUUGACAUCGCCGUUAUAAAGAUACUGAAAUACGCACAUCCUAAUCUUAGUGGUCUAGUUUGCCCGUGGAUUAAAAAAGGAUGUGGUACAUGGAUUCGGGAACCAGUUCAGUUUGGGGCAUCAAUUCCGCUGUCCAGAGAAUUGCAGAAACACGAGAGCACAGCUCGAAAGUAUGUACAGGCUUUUCUGUAUAGCUAUAAACGAUGUCCCACUGAUGAAGAUGUUGCCGACAACGAUCUAAUCUGCAUCACCAGUAAAUUGCCGUUGAUACCACGAUUGUGUAAGGUUGAUUAUGGAGGACCUGUUAUGAAUGACCUAUCUGGAGAUAAUUUAAAAGUUCUUGGUAUAUUGUCACGAGCCACGGAGGGAUGUGACGGUGAUGUUAUCUUUACGCGCAUAGAACCUCACAGGAAAUGGUUAAAGUCUAUAGUAUAUAAAAACCCGCCCAAAAAGGAGAGAAGAAAACCAAAUGGGGCUAGCCAUCAUCCAACGAACCGUCGAUUUGAUGAGAAAAGCUCAUUGGCUACGUUUGUGGCAUUGGCAUUGGCAUUCGUUUGUGGAAUUUCUAUCAUUGUGUGGAUGCAAGUUAAGUUAACUUGUUAACUGACAUGCAUUGGGUGAGCUGCUUAUAUUAAGCGAUUAAAUGUUUACUGAAAAUUCUCAAUUAUAA